AUGGUCAACCAAACGCCAGACGUCCGUCAAGACGCUCACUCGUCGCCAAAAUCGGCCGUCGUGCCUGACAUCGAACAUGCUGUCGUCGCGGACGACCCUAGAGCGUGGUCAAAAGCCCGGAAGCUGGUUGUAGUCGCGACCGUCUCUGCGGCGAGCAUGAUCGCCGGCCUGGGCGGGAACAUAUACAAUCGUGAGCAGGAGUUGACGCCGGGGCCUCGCUGGCCCGCCAAUCCCGCGAUUUCCCAGAUCGAGGAACAGCUGCACGCAUCGAGCGGGGCGAUCAGCCUCAGCUUGUCGCUGUUCAUCCUCAUCCAAGGCGGCGUGCCCUUGCUAUGGAGCGCGCUGAGCGAGUUCUGGGGGCGGAAGAGGGUCUACCUGCUGUCCACAGCGUUGUGCACGAUCGGGUGCAUAGUGGCUGCGUUGUCGAAGACCAUUGGCGUCCUCAUUGGCAUGAGAUGUAUUCAAGCCGUGGGUUCGAGCGCAGUUAUCUCUCUGGGCGCGGCAACAUUAGCAGACAUAUACGAGCCUAGCCAACGCGGCACCAUGAUGGGUCUGUACUACAGCGCGCCCUUGCUUGGACCGUCCCUCGGCCCCAUCCUCGGCGGUGUCCUCACCCAGGGCUUCAACUGGCGCGCGACGUUCUGGUUCCUCGCGAUCUUCGUCGGCGUCUGCUUCCUGCUCUUCAUCCCCUUCAAGGACACCUUCCGGCGCGAGCGCAGCCUCGUGUACCAGGCCGCGCUCAAGCGGCGCAUCGCGCACGACUCCGCGAAGGCGUCCGAGGCGUCCAGUCUCUCGCAGAUCACUGCGGUGUCGCGCAUCGUGCCGGAGGCCGAGAUUGCGCGAGGAGAGGGUGCGAAGGAAGGGAAGGACGCGAUCGAGACGCUCGCUCGGGACAUUGACUUGGAGAAGCAGGUGCAGGCGGCCGCGCGCAUCGACGCGGAGGCGCUCGCGCCGGUGGACGAGAUCAAGUUGUCGCUCGCGGACGUGAACCCGGUGAAGCCGAUUGUGCAUGUGCUGAGGCGCAUGAACAACCUGACCAUCCUCACCGCAUCAGGCCUCAUCUUCGCGUUCAGCUACUCGAUCUCGUACACAUGUUCGCGGACACUUGCGAACAAGUACGGAUACAACGCGCUGCAGAUCGGCCUGGUUCUCCUCGCCUUUGGAGUUGGCUCAUUGUUUGGAAGCGUUCUUGGUGGUCGCUACUCGGACCACGUCUUCAGGAAGUUGAAGGCACGAAAUGGCGGUACAAGCCAAGCCGAGAUGCGCCUGGAAAGCACUAUGGUCCCCAUGCUCUUCCUCCCGCCCUCCGUCAUCGCUUACGGCUGGGUGUGCGAGCGCCAUGUCAGCGUCGCGGCUAUCUGCGUAAUGCUCUUCCUCGCCGGUUUCUUCUCUAUCUGCAUCUACUCUAGUACACUCGCAUAUAUCGUAGACGCCAACGUCGGCCGCUCCUCCUCCGCUGUAGCGACCAACAGCGCGUUCCGUGGUCUCUUCGCGUUCAUUGCCUCAGAAGUCGCUGUCCCAUUACAGGUACGUUUCACGGCGUCUUCUAUAAUCAACGGGUUGCUGACGACUAUCCAGGACGCCAUAGGGGACGGAGGCCUGUAUUCAGUUUGGACUGGGCUGGCGAUCCUGGCCGAGCUGCUCAUCCUCCUUGUCUGGUGGAAGGGCGGCGCGUGGCGACAGAAGUGGGAGCUCAAGGAACGCGGCCUCUCGCCAUCCUGA